UUUUUCCCCUUCCACCCCAUCUCCGCCUACGCGCACACAAGCGUAACAGACGCUCUCUCACACUCUCCUCCUCACUCGCCGCUCGCUUAUCUCCCCAAUCCAAUCCCCUGCCGCGCGACGGCUCUGCGAGAUUGCAAGGCUAGUGUAGAUCUGUCUCUUUCCUCCCUCCCCUUUCUCCCGUCGUCUCCGUUGUUCUCCACCGAGCAGAGCAGCAAAAUCCUUAGCGGCCAAGGCUUCCGGGCUCGGUGAGAAGUUUUAAACGCAUUAUUACGAGGGGGGGGGGGGGGGGGGGGGGGAGAUUGCGAGAAAGGAGGGCGCACUCGGUGGUGGUGGACUGGUAGUAGUAGCUUUCGGUGGCGAGCGUCUCCAUAAAGCGGCGGCGGCGGCAAAGAUAGGGUCGUCGUAGGAGGGGUGCUGUGGCGACAAGAAUCUGCAGGCUGCACCUGCAAUCCUCAGAUAUUCAUCAUUCGGCUGGGCGCUCAGAGAUCAAAGCAAAGUUGGCGAUUACUUUCUUGAUCAUUCCUCGGAAGUGCUCGUCAGGUGAUGCCCGCAUUGGAAGAUCCUUCAUGGAUGUUCGCAUGGUGAAGAGCAAGUCCCUGCCCAUGAUUGCUUCUGCCGCCGUCUUCUUGCUGCUGCUCUCCGCCGCGCUGCCGCUCUCGCAGUCUUACACUUAUGAGCAAGAUGUGUUUGCAAUAAAUGGCUUGUACACUGCACUUGGGUCACCUUCAGUGCCUGGAUGGAUUACAAACGGUGGCGACCCCUGCAAUGAAGGCUGGCAGGGUGUUGAAUGCGUGGUCUCAAAUAUUACCUCCAUAACUCUCAAUGCUGCAAAUUUGGGCGGACAACUGGGUAACACACUGGGGAAUUUCACAUCGCUAAUCACCUUAGAUCUUAGCAACAAUAAUAUCGGUGGAACCAUACCAGAUAAUCUGCCAAUCACAUUGCAGCGUUUUUUCCUUUCUGGUAACCAGCUAAGUGGUAGCAUUCCAAGUACAUUGUCGACACUUACGCUUUUGACAGGCUUGUCCCUCAAUAACAAUCAUUUAUCUGGAGAGAUACCAGAUGCAUUUUCAACUCUAACUGGACUUGCAAAUUUAGAUUUUUCUUCCAACAACUUGACUGGUCCUUUGCCACCUUCAAUGGGAAACUUGACAGCAUUGACUAGCCUGCAUAUUCAGAACAAUCAAAUAAUUGGGUUGCUUAAUGUGCUGCAAGAUCUCCCUCUCCAAGAUUUGAACAUAGAAAACAAUCUUUUCUCCGGUCCUGUGCCUGUGAAACUAGAGAACAUACCAAAUUUUAAGAAGGAUGGGAACCCAUUCAAUACCAGCAUAGCCCCAUCAGCAUUGCCUCCUGCUGCACCGACACCAUUACCAUCAGUAUCACCUCCAGCAGGGCAUGUCCCCACAAAAGAACCUUCAAAUUCUUCUAUUGCACCAGCAGGGAAUGCCCCAUCAAGAAAAAACAAUGUUUCUGCAAUGAAAUUUGUUGGAUACAUUCUUGUUGGGGUGGUAUCCGCGGUGGUUCUCGUGCUAAUGGUGAUGUUUUGUCUAUCCAAGUACAAAGAAAGAAAAUCAAGAGAUGAUGUGUAUACAAAAAACCAGUUAGGAAGGUCUCCUCAAAAGCUUGGAGAACCUAAAAUCAAGGAAGUUUCAGACAUCAAGGAACCACCAGUUAAACUCAAGAAUAAUGCUGGAAAAGCUUCAAAUGUGAUUUCUCAUACAAGGGAGGAGCAGAAAUUGAAUGUGUCAACAGCAGCAGCUUCAGAUGCAGUUUAUGAUUCAAGGGAAGAGCGGAAGCCAGGUUCAUCAAUGUCAGCUGCUCCUAGGGUGGUUACAAUGGAACAAAAAGAGCAUGUGAUUGAUAUGGAAAAAAAAGAUAAUUUUGUGGAUGAACAACUGCAUCCUCCACAGUCUGCUGUACUGCGUACUGAAAAGGUCACUGUACAUCCCAGCGUGCGUACUAGAAAGGGAAGAGUACCUUCAGCUGGGAAAUUGGAUUUAACUACUACCGUCAAGUCAUUCUCUAUUGCGUCCCUUCAGCAAUAUACCAAUAGUUUCAACGAAGAAAAUUUGAUAAGAGAUAGCAGGUUUGGUAAGGUAUAUCUGGCAGAGCUUCCGGAUGGAGAGCUACUGGAAGUUUUGAAGAUUGAUGCUGCUAACUCAAGAAUACCAGCGGAUGCCUUUCUAGAGCUAGUUGUGAACAUCUCCGAACUGACGCAUCCUAACAUACUCGGGCUUGUUGGAUAUUGUGCUGAGUUUGAUCAGAGAUUACUUGUAUAUGAGCACUGUAGCAAGAUGACUCUACAUGAUGAACUUCAUUAUGUUGAUGACUCAAACAAGGGAUUAUCAUGGAAUGCUCGCCUCCAAGUCGCUGUGGGGGCAGCAAAAGCAUUACAAUAUCUUCAUGAUGGUUGUCAACCUCCAAUUGUACACCAAAAUUUUGAACCGUCUAUUGUUCUUCUCAACAGCACUUUAGUUGUGCAUAUUUCUGAAUGUGGUCUUGCAGCACUGUCAUCAAGAUCAGUAUCCCAGUUGUCUGGCCGUAUGCGCACCUUGUUCCAUUAUGAAGCCCCCGAAGUGCAUGAAUCUGGAUUAUUAAGUGAUCGAAGUGAUGUUUACAGCUUUGGAGUUGUCAUGUUGGAACUUCUUACAGGGCGUAAACCUUAUGACAGUUCACGUCCACGUGCUGAGCAACACCUGGUGCGGUGGGCCACUUCCCAGCUUUACGAUAUCGAUGCUAUAUCAAAGAUGGUAGAUCCCUCUAUUCGAGGCCAAUGUUCUGAAAAGGCGUUGUCGCGUUUUGUUGACAUUAUCAGCAGUUGUAUUCAGCAUGAGCCAGAGUUUAGGCCCUCAAUGUCUGAAGUUGUCCAAGAUUUAACUCGCAUGGUGAGUGAUGCAACAAAGGCUUCCAUGUAGGCGCUUCCAAAAGGAGAAAAAUCCCAGAAUCCUCAAUUAGCUCAUUGCUGAAAAUUCAAGAGUUAUCUAGUCAUAUUACCUGCUUGCAAGUUGAUCGCUCAAGCAUUCGACCAGGCGUAGGCAGAUCAAGGAAAGUUCAAGCAGCGAACUUGUGAAGUGGCGAUGUGCAGAUUGCUGCAUCCCCCCCCCCCCCCCCCCUCUUUCUCCAAGCCAUUUUAUCCCUGAUAGGUUCCCCAUCCUUAGACAAUAAUGCUCCUCUGUGAUCUCUCUAUAAUCCUUUAGACUGUACUCUGCUAUCAACACCUCGAAGUGCCUGGUUUCAGAUCACAUGACGUGAUCUCCGUAGUUUUUUAGACGAUAUGUAAAUAUACUCAGAAGUCAGAAGUGAAGAAACUUUUGUACGUCAGUAUGUCGAGUUUAUGAUGACGGUUAGGCGCAGAUACAUCAGCUCUAGGAAAUCUGAAUAUUUUCCUGAGCAUUCACAAGUUUGUGUACUACAUAUGCAUUCUAGUCAUACACUAUAUAUGCAACUUCUAGCAGAUCAUCAUAAACCCUAUGUAAGCAUUCUGGUCAUACACUUCGUGAUCUCUUCUAGCAUGAGAAAGGUUUGCUUUGCA